CUAACAUGCAAGGUCUUCGUGAUGAAUUUCAAAAAGUCUAUUCGGCCAAUGAUAUGGUGAAAUUUCUGUACAAAGCAUCCAAAAUUGUACUGGCCUCACAUGCUGCUGCUGUUGUGCUAGGAAUUCUGUAUGUUAUCCCCGUCAUCAUGAUAACGAUUGGUGCAUUGAAUUACAAGAGAUGUCCUGUAAAAAAAGAGAUUCCCGUCUGGUUAAUUGUUGCUGGCAUAAUGGCAUUAAUCCAACUUUCAGUCCGCUUCAUUUCCAAGUCUAAGGAAUGGUCUUCCGCCAUAACAACUAUAUGGGGAUUCGUUCGGUUAAUGCUCGGUUUAAUUUUAUUGUUUUGGAUCAUCUUGGGUUCCUUAUGGGUAUACAACGCGUACGGGGAAGUCAUUUACGACAAUUCCGAUUCUGAAAAUUAUUAA